AUAAGGAACGAACUAAAAAAAAAACGCAAAUUAAAAUGGACUACCCACCGUCAUAUUCGAUGUGGAAAGUGGACAACAAUCGUCAAGAGUCCAUUCAUUCUGGCCAGUUUAUGGUCAGUCAGUUCGAGGCCGAUGCUCAGGAAGACGAUGACAGUGGAGUCGAUCCGGAAGAGCAGCCACACCAUCAAGAUGUAAAUACGUCAAUGGACGUAUGCUUGCCAACGGUUAACAAUACCGUCAUCGAAAUCGAACUAUCAUUGGCCAAACUAUUCAAGUGCAUGAACUUGGCUUAUCGUCAAAAGCUCACAUCACCCAAAUGGAAUCGAUUCAAAGGCGUUCGGUUACGAUGGAAGGAAAAAAUCCGUCUCAACAAUUUGAUAUGGCGUUGCUGGCACAUGCAAUUUAUGAUGAAAAAGAAAACUUUGGUGUGCCAAUUUGCAUCUCCCUUAGACGUAGACGUACAUAGUAAGCCAGAGACGGUUGUGCUUGAAGGUAAAUAUUGGAAACGACAGUUCGAUGUCAUCAAAGCUGAGUAUAUGAAAUGGCGUAAAUUUUCGCGAGUAAAAGGACCUGGUGGUACAGCCUCUAUUUUAGAUACGACAAGUGAAUUUGACUCAUUAGAUUGGUCACCCGCAACGACUGAUAAUAUAUUGAUGGGAGGAAUUGACGACUUCUUCUGGACGUCUGAUACAUUAUUUUCCGCAAUUAAUAACUCACCCAAUCUGUGCUGGCCGGAUCCAAGAGAGAUCGCGAAAGCAGGUAUUGCCGAUUUCAUUCAACCGAGUCUUGGACCGUUGCAGCCAAAUAUAGACGACUUCAUGAACGGAAUACCUUUCCAAGAGUUACUCAACUCUCAAUUUUCGGAACGCCUACCGUCUGUGCCUGAAGAAGGAGCUGACGAUUUACUUCGGACUGGUGAUUACGAAUUUCCAGCCAUAAUGGGUUCAGAAUCAUUACAUCCGUCUGCACAAACCGCCUCCCUGCCUUUAACACAAAACCAUGCAACCGUACUUAAUCAAUCUGCACUGAGUCCGGUCCAAUAUUCGGCCAAAUUGUACGCUCAACCCAUGAGAAUGGAGCAAAAUCCCAGCGUUCAAAGCAUGUGUCUCAGUAACGACCAGAUGACGCAACAGCAAUCAUCUCAAUUGUCCAUGGCAAUGAAUUCAUAUGGUUCGGCCAGUCAUUCGAUGGAAAACAUUGAUCAUCCGAAAAAGAGACAUCUCAAAGAACGAGCCAUCGGCCGGCGAUCGCAUGACUACAAUAAAGUCCAACCGACGCCACACCAGACCAUCGUUUACAAUCAAGUUAUUUCGCAGCAAAAUAAUAAUGUUCAGCACCAUCAGCAGCAGCAGCAGCAUCACCAACAACAACAAAGUGGUACCGGUUACAACCACAACAAUUACCAGAAUACCCAAAACGUAAUCCAACACAUGAACACGCCGGUCAUACAAACAACCACCAAUUCCUUUGCACUCGAUAAUUCUAUCAACGCAUUGAAUUUGUCCAACAAUAUUCACAUGAACUCGUACCAUCCAGCUGCAGUGCCAGGAAAACAGCAAAACUCAAUGGAUUUGGGAAAUGGUGCCGUUGGUCUGAACAAUCAUUCGUUGAUGUCUCUAUUGUCUAACAGCAAAUCACAAGAUCAUCAAAUGGAAUCGACCGAAUUAUACAAAACGAUGGCCGCAAAUCAUCCGACUGCUUCGUACAAACCAUACCCACCACAAAAGUCAAUGAAAAUGAAUCCUACCUCCAAUUCCGGAUACACUCAAUUGUCGCCAUCGCACUCAGCAGCGUCCACUAACACGGAUGACACCGCUCAAUUAUCAGCCGCGAAAGAUAUGUAUAGAUCAAAGAGUCUGCCACUCAAUGCAACCCUUCCACAGUUACCGCAAAAAGAGAACCCAUUUGUUGUGCCAAAGUACCAAGCCAAGCCUAAUCGAUUCCGGUCGCGCAGCAAUUCAAUGUUAGCGAAACAGCAACUACUUAUUGCUCCAGCAACGAUGCAAUCAGCUACCAGUGAACCGGUACUUAGUUCGUUGGCCCAAUUACUAACCGCAAACACCAACAAUUCAAUGAUGAGCCAACAACCUCCGACAUUCGGAUCGAAUCCGGGCUCGUCCUUUAGUCUGAAAUCCGAGUCAAUUUCCAGCCAAUCACAACAACCAAUGCACCAACAACAACAGCAGCAGCAACAACUCCAUCACCAGCAAUCGAUUACGUCUCAACCCCAAUACUUACCGCAAGCGACGUCUCCUGUUCAUCAGCACACGGGCUUGCCCAUAACACAAAAUAUGUUAACUCAGCUAGCACCAACACAAUCAUCAUCACAAAUCAGUUCGCCCGAAUCAAUUGAACAAGACAUGCCAUCAUCGCCAACACGUCCCGGUUAUAAUAGUAGCAGUAGUAGUCGAUAUCCUCGCGACUCACAACGACGUGUUGGUCACAUACAUGCAGAACAGAAGCGACGCUACAACAUCAAAAAUGGAUUCGACACACUGCACUCGCUGAUACCACAGUUGCAACAGAACACUAACAGUAAGUUGAGCAAAGCUGCCAUGCUACAAAAAGGAGCCGAAUACAUUAAGGUGCUGCGAACUGAACGUUUGUCCAUUGAGGAGAAAAUUGAAAGCCUGAAGAAGGAACGGGAUCAAUUGAACAAUUCGUUGAACCAUUUACAUUCCGUGCUUCCGGCUAAUGGUGCUCCGGUGUCUAGAGAACGAACUGGCCGCGUGAAAGAGAUGUACAACGAUUACGUUCGGUUUCGAACGCAAGAGAGCUGGAAAUUUUGGAUAUUAGGGCUGAUUUUCAAGCCACUGUUCGAGUCAUUCAAUUCAACCGUUUCCGUUGCUAGCAUGGAAGAAUUAUCUCGGACGGCAAUUUUAUGGGUGGACCAACAUUGUUCGUUGAUUGAAAUGAGACCCGCUGUUUCAAAUCAGUUGAGAUAUUUGUCGACAACAACCGACAUUCUCUCAACGCCACCGUCCUCAUUGCAGGACGAAGUUAUGAAAGCGAUUUCGUAACCACCACUGCUAUAUUGAUUGAUUUGUGGCCAUAACAGGAGAACUGGAUUAAUGCGAGUACCGAACAAAGAAUUAGGCAGAAGUUUGUGUAAAUUAUUGGAAAGGAGGGAGCACAGAAUGG